UAUCCUUUUGUGUUUUUCUCCUUUUCCUCCAGGAAACCCAGGCUGACCCGAACACAAAGUGCCUUCUCCCCAGCCUCCUUCAGCCCUGUUUUCACAGGUGAAACAGUAUCUCUGGUUGAUGUGGACAUCUCCCGACGGGGUCUGAAUUCAACUCAUCCGCCGACUCCACCUCCCCCUCCUCGACGCAGCCUCAGCUUGCUAGAUGAUAUAAGCAGGCCGCAGCCUGGGCCAUUCCUAGACGGCCCUAUGGGGGCCUCCUUCCAGUCUCUCCCUCUGCCUCCUUCUUCUUCCCAUGUUACCCUGCAGCAUAGCAUCAGCCUCAAUGAUACGUUUCUCCGGGUCCUUCCUAUUCCUUCCUCGUUGCAGAGCGAUGUCCAGUCCUCAAGCGUCCAGUCUCUACCACCACAGGCCCUUCACUGUCCUAUAAGCAGGUCUGUGUCUAGUAGCUUUGCUGCUAGCCUGAGAGAGCUGGAAAAGUGUGGCUGGUACUGGGGUCCCAUGACAUGGGAGGAUGCAGAAGUCAAGCUCAAAGGAAAGCCAGACGGCUCAUUUCUGGUCAGAGACAGCUCAGAUCCCCGUUACAUCUUGAGUUUGAGCUUCCGCUCUCAAAGCAUUACGCACCACACACGCAUGGAGCACUACAGAGGGACCUUCAGCCUGUGGUGCCACCCAAAAUUUGAGGACCGCUGUCAGUCUGUGGUGGAGUUCAUUGAGCGGGCCAUCAUGCACUCCAAAAAUGGCAAGUUCCUCUACUUUCUGCGCUCCAGGGUGCCCGGUCUUCCUCCUACUCCAGUGCAACUCCUCUAUCCUGUUUCCCGGUUCAGCAAUGUCCGUUCCCUGCAGCACCUGUGUCGCUUCCUUAUCCGCCAACUGGUGCGAAUUGACCACCUGCCACAGCUGCCACUGCCUAAGCCACUGCUCACUUACUUGCGUAAGUUCUACUACUAUGACCCUGAGGAGGAGAUCACCCUGUCCCUGAAGGAGGCCCAGGCCGCUUUAAGCCCAGAAUCAGAAGUAGAGCCUCAAACGUAGUGGUACCUGACCCAUGCAGGUAGAAGACUUGCUGCCUCUUGUGAAGGGACCACAGCAGACCCAACAUGCGGGGAAGCCGACGGGCGACGGCAGUUGCCUCUUGUGGACAGCAUCUGCGACCGACCCUGUGACCCGUGGUGCUGAAAAUGGCAAGCGCACCUUAUGCCGUUUUUUUGUUCAAUGUUAUAACAAGGAUUGAGCGAAAGCCCAGUCCAGCCCUCUCCCUACCCCUUAUCCUUGAAGCAUAUGCACUGGAAAUGGGUUUUCCUAAAACAACCCCAUCCCCUUUUUUUUUUUUUUUUUUAAAAAAAAGAUGAUAAUAAUAGAGGAAAUGAAAACAAACUUCUUUAACUCGAGGGGAACAAAAUACUGGAAAAUCAGGGUUGAGCCAAACUGGAAGACUUGAAAGCUGGCACGUGGGAGCUGCCAUGGUAAAGCUGAAGCCUGGUGGAUGACAGGGGACUGUUUUAUGCUGCCCAGUCUUUUUUCUUUUUUUCUUAUUUUUUCAUUUUUAUUCUUCCCUGUCUGAACUGGAGCAUCAUGCUUAAAUUUCAAAUUGCUGUGUAGUUGAAUGUCCUCCUGCUGCACCCACUCACCUGGUAGCUAAUAAGAAAACAUUUGGGCUUCUUUUUUGCCCUCCAUAAAUGAGAAUCACAAAGGUCUGAGACUUCAUGCCACACAAUACAAUUUCUGUCAGAUUAUAAAAAGCCUCCCCAGCUGCCCUGAUGGCACAGACCAGCGCAGAAGGACUGUCCUUAGAUGUGCCCACCUUUCAUCAGUCAGAGGUGGUUGCAGGCUGAUUUAACUUUAUGCUGUUGCUUUACUGCUUUUUAUUACCGCCUUGAGGAUGAACUGAACAACUAACUGAAUGAAGCUGGCAAAAUAUGGGCAAAACUGGUGUUUCUUUGUUUUCUAUUUUUUUCUCUGUUGGCUCAUGUUAAUGGUUCUGUCCAUGCCAUGUGGACUUUGACGUCACAGGUACCUUUCUUCUUUGUUUUUCUGCUUUUACUAGAAGCUGGACACACCGGUCCUGAGGUGACCAGCCACCAAGAUGCGGCUCCACUGCCAGCUAUUCAUGCAAGUUGCACUCGAGUUUAGCAUUUUGCUCCUGAAAAUUAAUAUAUGUGUAUAUAUUUAUAUUUUUUCGUCGUCGUCUUCACGUUCUAAACGUGUAACGUAGAUAGUAUUUUACGGCCUGGCUGUGUGAAUAGAAGUGACAAAAAAGUUCCUGCUGUUAUUUGAGUGUAUUACUGGAAAGUGGGUGGGGUGGGACCUUUAUAUUAUAAAAAAAAAAAAAAAAGGUGUUAAAAUGAUUUAUUUUCUUAAUUUACAUUUAAGUUUUUGGGUAGAGGCUGGGUUGUGCUGGCUUGUAGUGCUGGUGUCCAGUGAUGCCAAAAAUGAGGAAUAGAAAAAAAAAAAA